CGUGCUUCUGUUUACUAUUUUCACUACUUCAUAGUACUCAUCCUUGAUUUUGGUCUUUCUAUCUGUCAUUAAAAUCAUUAAUUAUAUACCUAGUCACGUUAUAUACAUUGACCCAUUUCUAGAGGAAUUGAGCGGCUCAUUCAAUAUGCCUGCCCAGAAGAGAACCUCCACUGAGAUGGAUCCCGCGAUCGCUACUGGCCCCGAUAAAGAGAAUCAGCCAGCGGCAGAAGCAGCGCCGCAUUCUGGCAAUACAAAGAAAAGCUGUGAUGAGAUCCGGCAGGAAAUACGCGAUUUCAUUGCUUCAGGGCAGAUGAGCGCCAGCAACUUCCAGCGCGCAAUUGACGUGUCUCCGCGGUCAUAUGCUGAAUUUUUGAGCCAGGAGGGCGUCAAGGGCGCCCGGUCGGCUACGUAUAACAAUGCGUUGAAGUUUUUUGACGGCCGGAGCGGAGGUACUGUUGUGCCUUUGGCUGCAACCCAGCCUGCGGCAAGCACGGCGGGAAAUGCUCAGAAGAGGGCGAAGAAGAGUCAACCAUCGAGUCCGGCUGCAGUUGAUCUUUCGGAUGUUCACUUGGAUGGGGAUGAGGAUGGGAAUGUGCCGGUCUUCGAGACGUGUGAUGUGGUGAGGAAGAAGAUCAGGGCGCAUCUGCGCAAGACUGGAGUGACGCAGGCGGCUUUCAUGCGAGAAGCUGCGAAGGCGGCGUACCCGCAGGGUACGAAGAGGCUGAACGCGAAUUCGUUCGGGGAAUUCUUGAAGAAGAAGGGUCCUACUGCUGGGAGCUCAGGGGCGGUCUUCUAUGCGGCGUAUGUGUAUUUUGAGAAGUUGAGAAUCAAGAAUGGGAAGCCGAAGGACGCCUUCCGACUUGAGAUGGAGAAGGUCUGGCCGAAUGGCUUCGAGCUCGAUAAUGCGGCCAAUGGGAGGCUGUGGUGUGGUCCCAAUGAGAGACCCUGGGUUGAUAUGUAUGGGAUGGUGCAUUUUUCGUGAUUGUUACUGUUUGGCUCGUCUGCGGACCAUCUCGUUUGCAAUUAUGUUCGGUUGCGUAUUGUGUUCUUUGUUAUAUACUCCGUUGGAUUGAUUAGUUUUGAGCGAAUUGCAGUUCAUCCUGUUGCUUCUUUUGGUUGUUCUUUGAUUAUUCGGCCAUUGGCAUCGAUGCCUGCGAAUAGCUCGGAUGCCGUGCUUUCGUCCAACUUCAGAGCCAGCUUAGGCCUUGAGUACAGUACAUCCCAGGUGAAUGCUGGCUUUCCGCUUCUGGUAUCCCAGUUCACUAGGGGAACUAGACAGGAUAUGCGUUUCCAGAGCCUCUGCAUGAAUCGUCGUGUGAUGUUAUGGGGUCGUCCGUCAACAUAAUCUUCGAAAGUAUUCCCCUUCUGCGGUCCCUCCGUCAAAAACCCAGCAUCUAGAGUGGACUCAACAGGAACGGAAGAAGCCCCGACUGCCUUUCGUCGUUUGGGUGGCGCCCACGGAAUAGUCCCCGACAUAAGACCCUCCAACACCUUGAGCUCUGAGUCAGGCAGCGGUGGGAACAGAUUCUGUAGCGUCUGAUUAUACCAUUUCCUCCGGAUGUUCCUGCGACGAGACGGAGCGAGCGGCUUCCCCCAGAUAUUCUCCGCGGGAAUAACUGGCUCGACUUGCU